AUGUCUGCCGCCGCGGACCCUCCUUUGCCGCCGCCACAUCCUCCGCCUGGUGGUCCGUCAGGUCAUCGCGAUGGUGUAGCUGGUGAUUCCGCCGUGACGAAGCGUUGCACUCAUUGCAAACAAGACAAGAGUAUUGAUCAAUACGUCAACUUGCGGAAUCCAGCUGCAAAACCUACUGGCAAGUGCUUAGAGUGUCAUCAGAAGCAGAGCCAAACACCAACGCAUCGAGUGUUUGAUUCUGUUCGUUCACGACUAUCCAAGCGACCUUCAACUGAAGUUCAGUCGCCAGAGAGACAAGAGGCUCGACGCUUCCAGCCAAUUGUACCCCGACCUGAGCCUCCUGCAAUUACGCCUACUUCAGCAACGCCUAGUUCAUCCAGAUUAAUCCUUCCCGCACCACGCACCCCGAAUCCAUUGGCACGAGCCGGCACUCUGGUCAGAAGUACCACGAGCUCUUUGCCUCGCUUUCUUCGUCGCGGCGUGGACUCACAGGAGAGUCCUGAUACUCAGCAAGCUCGUCGAGAUCAGGUUGCAAUUCAACGUCGUCAUCGAGCUGAACGACGUGAGGGCUUGGAACCAUCUCCUACGCCUGGCAUCCCGCAGUUGCUUGGCCAGAGCCAGGGCACUCCAGCUCCGUUUGGCCGUGUCCCAGAGUCAUCUGACCCUGAUGAAGAGGUUUGCCCUCAGUGUCAUCAUCUACGCCAGAGAGGCGACUUCUUCGAUGAGGAUGGAACAUUGUGUAAAGAGUGCAAUGUUUGCCGUGCAACAGCUCAGAGUUCGCAGUAUGCCUCCUCACAAGUUAGCCAUCCGUCUACGGAGAGCAGCUUCGGGAUAUCGGGUCUUGCGCUUCGCCCCCCUCAACCUCGCGGCAAUAUUCCUUCCAGCCUGUCUCAAACGUUGUCAGAAUUGAUAGGCGCAGAAGAAGCCUCUAAUCCUGGUGAGAUCGAACAGGAAGUCGAGUUCAACAAUGACCUCUCAGCUGUUGCACUUUCUGACUCUGACCGUCAACUAAUCGCAGCCUAG